ACUAGCUGAAACCAUAUAAAUGUAUACUAAUUUAUCGUGUUGCUACUUGGUCGACAACACUAGAUAUGUAUGAAACAAUUUUUAAUGAGGAAGCAGAAACGAAAAAAUGUCUUUGGUCCAGCCUCCUAGAUGAAGUGACAAAUAAAGCUAAAAUUGGUCUAUCGGACUCCAAAAAUCUUGUUGUAUUUGGUGAUGAUUUGAGCGGAAAAUCAACCUUGAUUUGUCGGCUUCAAGGCAAUGAAGAUAAAGAGGAGGGAUUCGGCUUGGAAUAUGAUAUAAUCGAGGUGAAAGAUGAAGUAAAAGAUGUUUCUGCAAACCUUAGCGUCUUCAUUAUCGAUGGAAACCCUAUUCAAAGCCAUUUGCUGAAAUUUGUGGUAACUGAGGAUUCGUUCAACGACCAAAUGGCUCUUAUGGUCGUCAGCAUAAAUGAACCUUGGAAAAUAAUUGAAUCUUUGGAAAAAUGGGCAGAAAUACUUAAUAAACACAUAAACAAACUAAAACUAUCAAAAGAAAUGAUAACAGCCUGCAAAUCAAGGAUUUCAAAAGAAUUUCAUGGCUACGCUGAGCCAGAAGCGUCAACAAAUGUUAUUAUUAGUCAAGUAAAUUCAGUUUCAUUUUCCACUAUGUAUGCAACAUCUCAAGAAACUACGUCUCGGCCAUCAUUUUCAAAUGAUAAUGAAGAAAUGUACGAAGAUAAUGUAUUGAAUAACAAUCUUGGUGUACCGUUAAUCGUUGUUGUGACAAAGACGGAUUUAAUGAAGGUAAUGAUCAAAGAAAAUCAAUAUUCAGAAGAACAUUUUGAUUUUAUACAAAUGCAUAUACGACGAUUUUGUCUUUCAUAUGGAGCAGCGUUAUUCUAUGUGUCAGUGAAAGAAGAUAAAAACUGUGAUUUACUAAAUCGUUACAUUCAACAUCGUAUUUAUGGGUUUCCUUUUAGUCAAAGUGCGUAUAUAGUAGAAGGAGAUUGUGUUUUCAUUCCAGCAGGUUGGGAUAAUCAUAAAAAGAUUAAUAUCCUAGGUGAAAAUUUAACAAAAAUCAAUGCGCAGCAUCCUUUUUCUACAGUUAUUCCAAGACCAGUACCACGUAAAGCAAUUCACAGAGAACCAGAAAUAAUGACGAUUGAUGAACAGGCUUUUCUCCUUCGACUUUCAACAAUAAAAGAAAACGAGAACAUAGAUCCUAACACGCUAAAGGAAUUCUUAGGCUCUGGGGGAUUACAUUCAAAUUCAAAACAGCCUGCAAAUAGUUUUAAAAUUGGAUCAGGUGCUAAAACAAUGGAUGAUAACAAUCGUUUACCGGUCAGUCCAACCCCUAUAUUUCGUGCAAAAAUUUCUCCCGUAGGUCCAAUAAAUAAUUUAACUAGUACUCCUUCCAUACAAGGUACUUCAGAUGGUGUAUUAGCUGAUUUCUUUUCAAAUCUGCUUAAGAAGCGACCGGUUGUAAAUAACACUACUGGAGAAACGUCUACUGAGCCUCAGCUUCAACGUACAUCACAAUCAUCAGACCCAAAAGACAAACAGCAAGAUAACAUGGAUGAAAGUGCGAAAUUUCCAAAGAAAAGUAUAAAUAAAGAUGAGGAAAUAAGUUUCACUAUCGAGAUUACAGAACAAGUUACAAAGAGCGCGCAAGAGAAAACAGAUUCUAAAGACAUGAAUGAACAAAACUAUGACCCCAGGGUUGAUCAUGAAAAAGUGGAAAACGAGAGUGAAAAAGAAACAAAUGUAACGAGAAAUAUAAAAGAAGACGAGGCUAAAAAGCAGGAACAAUAUAAGAAAAUAGAAAGGAAACCAACAAAAGAAGUGCAAGAAAAUCAUCAAAGCAUAGAGUCGGAAAAACUAGUAGCACAAAAAGGACAUACACCGUCACAAAAUGAACAAAAAGAGAGCGAGACACAUAAAAAUAGCAGCAGGAACUACGAAAAUCGAAGCGAAAUCCCCACUGAACUCGUAGAAGAAAUUCAUGAAGUGGAGAGUGAACAAAUAUUCGACGCUCCUUUGGCCGCUUGCAUGAGUACGUCGAAGGCACACUUAGAUCGAGUGAUUGAUCAACCACCUGUUGUCGAGUUGUCCCAAAUAUCAGAUAAUAUGACUGACCACAUCGACACAGCGCAUCUAAACAAUCAACUUCACACCUCUCCCGACAACACAAAUCCCACUGAUCUCAACGACAAAAUCAAUGAAGUGGACAGCACAAUGAACUCCGAGUUGACAAUAGUUCCCAGUCACAUAUCUCCACUGUUGGGACCCACCUCGGAAAUCAGUAUCACCACAAUACACAGUGACAUGAUGACUGAAAGUCGUCUUGACCAGAAUCACGAACUGCCUGAGACUAGUCAUCAGGACUUGCAAAAUCAAAGCAAAACUCCCACUGAACUCGUAGAAGAAAUUCAUGAAGUGGAGAGUGAACAAAUAUUCGACGCUCCUUUGGCCGCUUGCAUGAGUACGUCGAAGGCACACUUAGAUCGAGUGAUUGAUCAACCACCUGUUGUCGAGUUGUCCCAAAUAUCAGAUAAUAUGACUGACCACAUCGACACAGCGCAUCUAAACAAUCAACUCCACACCUCUCCCGACAACACAAAUCCCACUGAUCUCAACGACAAAAUCAAUGAAGUGGACAGCACAAUGAACUCCGAGUUGACAAUAGUUCCCAGUCACAUAUCUCCACUGUUGGGACCCACCUCGGAAAUCAGUAUCACCACAAUACACAGUGACAUGAUGACUGAAAGUCGUCUUGACCAGAAUCACGAACUGCCUGAGACUAGUCAUCAGGACUUGCAAAAUCAAAGCAAAACUCCCACUGAACUCGUAGAAGAAAUUCAUGAAGUGGAGAGUGAACAAAUAUUCGACGCUCCUUUGGCCGCUUGCAUGAGUACGUCGAAGGCACACUUAGAUCGAGUGAUUGAUCAACCACCUGUUGUCGAGUUGUCCCAAAUAUCAGAUAAUAUGACUGACCACAUCGACACAGCGCAUCUAAACAAUCAACUCCACACCUCUCCCGACAACACAAAUCCCACUGAUCUCAACGACAAAAUCAAUGAAGUGGACAGCACAAUGAACUCCGAGUUGACAAUAGUUCCCAGUCACAUAUCUCCACUGUUGGGACCCACCUCGGAAAUCAGUAUCACCACAAUACGCAGUGACAUGAUGACUGAAAGUCGUCUUGACCAGAAUCACGAACUGCCUGAGACUAGUCAUCAGGACUUGCAAAAUCAAAGCAAAACUCCCACUGAACUCGUAGAAGAAAUUCAUGAAGUGGAGAGUGAACAAAUAUUCGACGCUCCUUUGGCCGCUUGCAUGAGUACGUCGAAGGCACACUUAGAUCGAGUGAUUGAUCAACCACCUGUUGUCGAGUUGUCCCAAAUAUCAGAUAAUAUGACUGACCACAUCGACACAGCGCAUCUAAACAAUCAACUCCACACCUCUCCCGACAACACAAAUCCCACUGAUCUCAACGACAAAAUCAAUGAAGUGGACAGCACAAUGAACUCCGAGUUGACAAUAGUUCCCAGUCACAUAUCUCCACUGUUGGGACCCACCUCGGAAAUCAGUAUCACCACAAUACGCAGUGACAUGAUGACUGAAAGUCGUCUUGACCAGAAUCACGAACUGCCUGAGACUAGUCAUCAGGACUUGCAAAAUCAAAGCAAAACUCCCACUGAACUCGUAGAAGAAAUUCAUGAAGUGGAGAGUGAACAAAUAUUCGACGCUCCUUUGGCCGCUUGCAUGAGUACGUCGAAGGCACACUUAGAUCGAGUGAUUGAUCAACCACCUGUUGUCGAGUUGUCCCAAAUAUCAGAUAAUAUGACUGACCACAUCGACACAGCGCAUCUAAACAAUCAACUCCACACCUCUCCCGACAACACAAAUCCCACUGAUCUCAACGACAAAAUCAAUGAAGUGGACAGCACAAUGAACUCCGAGUUGACAAUAGUUCCCAGUCACAUAUCUCCACUGUUGGGACCCACCUCGGAAAUCAGUAUCACCACAAUACACAGUGACAUGAUGACUGAAAGUCGUCUUGACCAGAAUCACGAACUGCCUGAGACUAGUCAUCAGGACUUGCAAAAUCAAAGCAAAACUCCCACUGAACUCGUAGAAGAAAUUCAUGAAGUGGAGAGUGAACAAAUAUUCGACGCUCCUUUGGCCGCUUGCAUGAGUACGUCGAAGGCACACUUAGAUCGAGUGAUUGAUCAACCACCUGUUGUCGAGUUGUCCCAAAUAUCAGAUAAUAUGACUGACCACAUCGACACAGCGCAUCUAAACAAUCAACUCCACACCUCUCCCGACAACACAAAUCCCACUGAUCUCAACGACAAAAUCAAUGAAGUGGACAGCACAAUGAACUCCGAGUUGACAAUAGUUCCCAGUCACAUAUCUCCACUGUUGGGACCCACCUCGGAAAUCAGUAUCACCACAAUACGCAGUGACAUGAUGACUGAAAGUCGUCUUGACCAGAAUCACGAACUGCCUGAGACUAGUCAUCAGGACUUGCAAAAUCAAAGCAAAACUCCCACUGAACUCGUAGAAGAAAUUCAUGAAGUGGAGAGUGAACAAAUAUUCGACGCUCCUUUGGCCGCUUGCAUGAGUACGUCGAAGGCACACUUAGAUCGAGUGAUUGAUCAACCACCUGUUGUCGAGUUGUCCCAAAUAUCAGAUAAUAUGACUGACCACAUCGACACAGCGCAUCUAAACAAUCAACUUCACACCUCUCCCGACAACACAAAUCCCACUGAUCUCAACGACAAAAUCAAUGAAGUGGACAGCACAAUGAACUCCGAGUUGACAAUAGUUCCCAGUCACAUAUCUCCACUGUUGGGACCCACCUCGAACAUGUUAGUCACCUCACAACCUGGUACUAAUAGUUCAUGCACUGGUCCUUCUGACAGUCUAGGUAACGAAAGUAAUUCCGCUGUUUCACCUGAUAUUGUUUUAUUGGGAUCGGAUUUUACAUCUACAGUUGUUCCAGAUUUAACAUGUUCCGAAAAUACAUCAUCAAAUGGUAAUUCGAUUUUUACUGAGAAUUUUCUCGAAACUGUUAUUUCACCGAUGAAACAAGAAACAUUCGGUGCUUCUUCAGAUAUCAAUUCACCACUCUCUAUUCAAAAGUCCCUAGAAAAUAUAAAAGUUCAAUCACAUUUGAAACCGUCGUCUUAUAUGAACACCACUAUUCAGAAAAGCAAUUCCUUACCACCAAGCCCUAAAUUAUUACAAAAACCAACAGUUAAACAAAGCGCAAAUAGUUCACCAAGGUCACCUACAAUGACUGGGCCGAAUUUCAGACAGACAAGUAACUUAACGAAUACAAAAACAAAGUAUGCAAGUUCAAACAGUGCGAAUGCAUCACCCAAUCUUGUCAGAAAACCAUUAUCUUAUUUGUCAAAGAACAGUGAUAGUAAAAAGUAGAACAUAAUUUUCCUUUAUUUUUAGCAUGUCACAAAAAGGAACAAUGUGAGGAUUAUUUUUAUUUUCAUUACGAUCAUUAUUUUACUUAAAAUAUUUACUUUUAAUUUUAAUAUAUAACAUGGAGUGAUAGUUCUUAACCGCUUUAUGAUAGGAUAUUAUGGGGUUUAAUUAGGGUUAUAUAUAAUGUGCCUUCUCUUAUAACAUAACAUUGAUAUACAAAUUCUAAUGUAUGUUUUUAGUAUUUCCUUCAUUUAUUAAUGACAACAAUAAUAAUCAUAAAAAGAAAGUUAAGACAUUGAAACGAAAUUAAUGCAUGAUGUUAAAACAACUAUAUUACCAUCACUUCAGCAUAAAUAAACAAA